AUGGGCAUCAACAUUGCUCGUGGUUUCUGCACCAAACACUACAAUAAAUACAAGCACUUUCCUAGAGGUAGGCUUGGAUUGUACCAUUUUGACGCUCCAUAUUUGAUAAUCAGGUAUCCCGACUCCUCCAAGGUUUUGAAGCUUCUCGUCUACUCCAUGCUUUUAGCAUUGCUCGUUGUUUCUUUCCCAUUGAUAAGAUACACCAUUAGAGGAUUCUCAGCCUCUUCGCCAGCCAUUAUUUUGGAUGCUAAACCUCCUGGAAGUGGGAGAGAAAGUUGUUUUCCUAAGCAAUGGGGAGGAGGAAACCAUAUACAGCUCGCUUCAGAUUUUAAGGGAAAUGAAAUGGACCUCAUCUUCGUCACGGAUUUGAAGCGACAUAACUCAAUUCUAAGCAAAACGUUUGACUUUGCCUGGGCAUCUAACUUCCUUACCACCGCAGAUUUCAUUGACCAUACUCUCAAGAUUGAUGACAUUAUCACCAUUGAACUCGGUAAAAAUCCAUCGGUUCCAUUCUCCAGAUCAUCCUACUAUAAAAUCGUCUACCUUAGGUGGUUGGACUCGACUGUCAUCGUCAUGAAGAAAACCAGUCUUGCUAUUGCCAAGAAGGCAACACUCAAGAACCUCGAAGACGUGCUCCUUGAGUCACCAUGA